AUGACUGUUAUAACAGCAAAUAAUCAACCAACUUUAAAGUUUCCCGCACAAACCUCUGUCACACCACAAUCAAAUUCUACGCGAAGACAAGAAACGAGCAAGGCCUGGCUACAUUUUGUGGCCGGAGGUGUUGGGGGCAUGUUUGGAGCAACUCUUACUUCGCCUUUGGACGUUGUUAAAACGCGUUUACAGUCAACAUAUUAUCAAUCAAACAUGCCAUAUUCUGGUCGAGCAGCUAUCCCAAUUAUAGGACAUUUCGUACAAACUGGCAAAAUUUUAAAAGGUGUGCGUCAUAAAGAAGGAUUUAGAGCAUUAUUUAAAGGGUUAGGUCCAAAUCUGGUUGGAGUUAUACCAUCUAGAUCAAUUAAUUUCUUUACGUAUGGUAAUGGCAAGAGAUUUUUAACAGAAUUGAACGGAGGGCAAGAAACUUCAUGGAUUCACUUGUCAGCCGCGCUUAUAGCAGGAAUUACCACAUCAACAUUAACAAAUCCAAUAUGGCUUGUGAAAACUCGAAUGCAACUUCAAUCAUCAUCAAAUACUGGAUCAUCACAAGUUUCUAUUAAAUACAAAAAUUCUUUUGAUUGUGUUAAAAAAAUAAUUCAGGAAGAAGGUGUACGAGCAUUAUACAAGGGACUUAGUGCAUCAUAUUUAGGUAUUACUGAAAGUACUAUACAGUGGGUGACGUAUGAAUAUUUUAAAUUGUCACUUGCAGAAAAACGAAAAAGUAAACAUAUUGAAUCUGGAAACUUGAUGCAAUCUAAUAGCAAAUGGCAGUGGUUUGACAAAUUAGCUGCUGCUGCCUUAUCAAAACUUAUUGCAGCUGCUAUUAGUUAUCCUCAUGAAGUCAUUAGAACUCGUAUGCGCCAACUUCCUGAAAAUGGUAAAGUUAAGUAUAAAGGACUUAUCCAAUGCACUAAGACAAUUUUUCGAGAAGAAGGUAUUGCAGCAAUGUAUGGUGGUAUGACUGCUCAUUUAAUUCGAGUAGUACCAAAUGCCAUUAUCAUGUUCUUCUGUUAUGAGUCAAUUUUACACUAUGGCGGAGCUAAUAAAAUUAAAUAA